AUGGGGCUCUCCAGGGGUCUUGUUUUCCUCCUCCUCCUCCUCCUCCUGUACCAGCUCCAGGGGUCAGACUCUUCCCUGAUGAAGCUGAAUGGGAAUGGCUAUGAGGACGUUAUUGUUGCUAUCGAUCCUGCUAUGCCAGAAGAUGAAGCAAUAAUUGAAGGGAUACAGGAAAUGGUGACUGCAGCAUCUACAUACAUGUUUGAAGCCACAGAAAAAAGAUUUUAUUUAAAAAAUGUAUCUAUAUUAAUUCCUGAGAGUUGGGGAAACAAACCUCAGUACAGGAGGCCAGGACAGGAGAGCUACGCACAUGCAGAUGUUAAAGUUGCACCCCCUGCCGUCCCGGGCAUAGAUGAACCAUACACCCGGCAGUUCACAGCCUGCGGAGAGAGAGGAGAAUACAUCCACUUCACUCCCGACGUUGUGCUGGGGAAAAAAGAAGCUGAAUAUGGACCUAAAGGAAGGCUGUUUGUCCAUGAAUGGGCCCAUCUUCGCUGGGGAGUAUUUGAUGAGUACAAUGAAGAGAAGCCAUACUAUGCCGCUUCAUCAAAGAAAAUUGAAGCAACAAGGUGUACUCUGGGUAUCACAGGUGUGAAUCAGGUCCGAAAAUGCCAAGGAGACAGCUGUACAUCCAGAAGUUGCAGAACUAAUUCCACCACGAAAUUAUAUGAAAGAGACUGUCAAUUCUUUCUUGAUAAAGAUCAAUCAGAAAAGGCAUCCAUAAUGUACAUGCAAAGCAUCGAAUCUGUGACUGAAUUCUGCAAAGAUGAAAACCAUAACAAAGAGGCUCCAAGUCUACAUAAUGAAAAGUGCAAUCAGAGAAGCACAUGGGACGUAAUCAGCAGUUCCGAGGAUUUUAUUGACAAUGUGCCCAUGGACACGCCACCCUCUCCACCCACCUUCUCAUUGCUGAAAAUCCAUGAGAGAAUCACGUGCCUCGUUCUUGAUGUGUCUGGAAGUAUGACUAUUUCUGAUCGCCUCAAUCGAUUGAAACAAGCAGCACAAUAUUUCCUAAUACAGAUCAUUGAAGAUGGGUCCUGGGUAGGAAUGGUACACUUUAAUAGCCAGGCCACUACUAAAAGUGAGAUGAUGCAAAUAAACAGUGAGGCUGACAGAACCAAACUUCGGGAACUCUUGCCUUCAAGUGCCCGUGGAGGGACCUCCAUCUGCAGUGGAAUCCGACGUGCAUUUGAGGUAUUUAAAAAUGAAGGUUUCCAAAACAAUGGAGCUGACAUUGUGCUGCUGAGUGAUGGGGAGGACAGCACUGCGAAACAGUGUGUUGAUGAGGUCAAAGAGAGUGGGUCCGUACUUCACUUCAUUGCCUUGGGAGAAGAUUAUGAGGAAGCUGUGAGAAACAUGAGCAUUCUAACAGGAGGCUUGUUUAAAGGUCCUUCAGAUGCAGCCCAGAACAAUGGUCUCAUGGAUGCUUUUGGAGCUCUUACUUCAGAAAAUUCUGAUGUCACCCAGAAGUCAAUUCAGCUUGAAAGUAAGGGAGACACAUUGAACAAUAAUCACUGGCUGAAUGACACUGUAGUAAUUGACAGCACCGUGGGAAACAACACAUUAUUUCUUGUAACCUGGAAGAAUGCAGUUCCUGGCAUUUCUCUAUGGGAUCCCAAAGGAACACAAGUCACAAAUUUCACAAUGGACACAGGUUCUAAAAUGGCCCAUCUCAGUAUCCCAGGAAUAGCUCAGGCGGGCACUUGGACUUACAACCUUGAAGCCAAAUCAAACCAAGAAAUACUAACAAUUACAGUAAGCUCCCGAGCAGCAAGUUCUUCUGUGCCGCCCAUCACUGUAAAUGCUAAAAUGAACAGAGACACCGGCAGUUUCCCCAGCCCUAUGAUUGUUUACGCAGAAGUUCUACAAGGGUACACACCCAUCAUUGGAGCCCACGUGACAGCUAUCAUAGAAUCAAAUAGUGGAAACAUCAAAGAGCUGGAGCUGCUGGAUAAUGGUGCAGGGGCUGAUACUUUCAAGGAUGAUGGCGUCUACUCCAGGUACUUCACAGCUUAUUCAGAAAAUGGCAAAUACAGCUUAAAAGUGCGGGCUGACGGAGGAACAAAUUCUGCCAGGAAAAGCUUACGGCAUCCAUCGAGGAGAGCCGCCUACAUCCCAGGCUGGGUAGUGAAUGGUAAAAUUGAAGGGAACCCACCCAGACCUGAAACGACCGAGGCUACUCAGCCAGUCCUGGAGAAUUUCAGCAGAGCAGCAUCUGGAGGUGCAUUUGUCGUAUCUGAUGUUCCAACAAACUUGCCAGGCCCUUUGCCUGACAUGUACCCCCCAAGUCAAAUCACAGACCUUCAGGCCACGCUUGAUGGGGAAGACAUCAGCCUAACAUGGACAGCACCGGGAGAAGAUUUUGAUACUGGAAAAGCUCAACAGUAUAUCAUAAGAAUAAGUGAAAAUAUCACUGACCUAAGAGACAAUUUUGAUGAGGCUCUUCAAGUUAAUACGACUGACCUGUUACCAAACGAGGCCAACUCCAAGGAAACCUUUGUCUUCAAACCAGAAAACAUCUCAGAAGAAAAUGCAACCUACAUAUUCAUUGCCAUGAAAAGUGUCGACAAAAGCAAUUUGAGUUCAGAACUGUCCAACAUCGCACAAGUAAUACUAUUCAUCCCUCAAGCAGAUGCUGGUCCUGACAGUCCUGGGAGUCCUGACAGUCCUGGAAGGCCUGAGGGCCCUGGGAAUCCUGACAGUCCUGGGAGUCCUGGUGGAAGUCCACAGUCUGGAGUUAGUGUUUCCACUAUCGUUCUGUCUGUGGUUGGCUCUGUUGCAGUUGUCUGUAUUAUUCUAAGUGCCACUGUUUGUGUCCUAAAGAAAAGAAGAUCCUCAUCAAACGCUGAAACAUCGUUUUGA